AUGGCGGAGUGCAUAUUUCUUUUUAUACCAAAUUUAAUCGGUUACGUUCGAAUUCUUUUGCUCCUCUACGCCUGCUGGUAUAUGUCGACCGAUCCGGUCCGGGCCGCUGUGUCGUAUCUCUUAUCAGCUCUCCUUGAUGCCUUUGAUGGUCACGUUGCCAGACUUCUUGAUCAGAGCACAAAAUUUGGCGCAGCUUUGGAUAUGCUAAGCGACCGUUGUACGACUACGUGUCUACUCUUUACGCUUGGUACUUUCUAUCCGCGUUACUUGUUCUUUUUUCAAAUAUCUGCCUGCAUUGAUAUCGCAAGUCAUUGGCUGCACGUUCAGUCGUCGAUUCAAGGUGGUUCUUCUAGCCAUAAGACAAUCAGCUUAGAUGGUAAUCCGUUACUUCGGAUAUAUUAUACGAACCGAGUGGUUCUUUUUAUCAUGUGUGCUGGAAACGAACUCUUCUAUGCAAUGCUUUAUCUUCUUCAUUUUGCUGAAGGAUCCACUUUUUUUGGCCUAGGGGUGCAUCUUGUGGUUCUCUAUUUGAGCCUGCCCAUCGCACUUUUGAAGACUUUCAUUAGUCUCGUGCAUCUCUAUGUUGCUGCAGUUAAUAUGGCUGGGGUGGAUGCUUACCAGCGUAGGAAUUCCACGUCACAGGCGAUCAACUCGGGCCAAGAGAAGGUCAAAGAGGACCUCCCAACAUCAGUCUUCCAUCCUGUUCUGUGUCACCGUGUCGGUGAUACCGUCCGUAUCGGUGAAUCUAACACCCUAGCCGUGAUGCAGAAGUCGGAACUUGCCCAAAUGGCAAUAGAACCAUACGGCUUGAGCCAGCUGCAGGAAGGCGGUAGGGUUGUCAAACUUCAACUGAAUCUUCCUCUUCAAGCGAAGCUAUUGAACUCCCUCGCUUUUGCUGGUCUUCCAGACUUGAGAACCCUUCAUGCUUGGCGCGCACCGAUUGCUCUUGAGUCGUGUAGUCUGGCUGGGCUUCCGUGGUUUGAAAACCUUGUGAUUAGCUGCACCUCUACUUUCGAUCGUUUCCUUACCUUCGGUCCCGCAUUUAAAAGCAUUCGAUUAACCGGCUGCCUAGGACGUUCUCUCCAAUUCAUCUGUAUUCAGUGUAGUCAACGACCAGAGUUUAGUGUUCUCCGGAUUCUUCCCGGGCCCCCGUCAAUAGGAGACCGCAAUGAUGGUGCAGGUACUUACUCCAUAAUCAAACCAGUUUUUGAUAUUUGA